CAUACAGUAGAGCUGAAUGAUCGUUCAUACGCUCAUCUGACGAGAACCAUCACAGCGACGUCUCGUGAACCCUAACCAUAUGCAAGCAUUGGGUUCUUUCUAUAUAACAUGGACCGAACCAUGGACAUCCGGCACACACUUACUUUCAGAUUGUUACGCUCCAUGAGAUUUUCUUGGUCGAAUGCAUUGUUAGCGACGACGUCCCUCCAGGACGCCUUUGCGCGAUGCCCCGAUUAUACCACGUAUGCACAGAGCUCGCAGGGAAACCCAUCUAUCGGUCCUUUGGCUUUACCGUACAUGCGCCCUGAUCCAGCCUGUCGCACGUUCAACAGUACCGCUGUCGAGAAAGUCAUUGAAGAUAUGAAAUCGCGUUUGAAAGAUCCUGAUCUCGCGAGACUGUUCGAAAACACUUUCCCUAACACUUUAGACACGACAGUUAGGUAUUACAAUGGAACAGAGAAUUUGGCUUUCAUCAUAACUGGGGAUAUAACGGCUCAGUGGCUACGUGAUACCACUAACCAGUUUGCUCAUUAUGGAUCCUUGCUUUCUAUCGACCCUGAUCUGGCCGCUCUCGUCAAGGCUGUCAUCAACAACGAGGCGCGAUACGUCGCCGAAUAUCCAUAUUGUGGCGCAUUUCAGCCGCCCCCAGAAAGUGGCCUUGCCCCUUCUCAUAACGACUAUGCGGACGGUGUCACUGUAAAUCCACCUGUGAACAAUCAGACAGUUUUCGAAUGCAAGUAUGAGAUCGACUCCUUAUGCGGAUUCUUGAAGCUUUCCAGGAUCUUUUAUAAUGCUACGAAGGAUGAGUCAUUUAUGAAUGACAACUGGUUUUAUGCUGUCGACCAGAUCUUUCGUGUUAUUAACGAGCAGUCUCAGCCGACAUUCGAUAAGGACUUUAAUUUCAUCUCAUACUACAACUGGACCGGCGGAAACGGGGCGCUAUCUCCUAGCGUUCCCAAUGGCGGUAACGGUGAACCAAAGGCGUAUACAGGUAUGGUUGGCACCCAUCAUCGUCCUUCAGAUGACCUCAGCGUAUUUGCAUUUCUUACGCCAGCGAAUGCUAUGCUCAGCGUGGAGUUAGAUCACCUCGCUACUAUACUGGAUACUACCGGCCAAGGACAGAACAUAAGUGCAUUGGCUAAAGAAUGGAGCUCGCGUAUCCGUGACUCGGUCUGGGAAAAUACUGUUGUUGACAGUGUUUUUGCGUACGAAACGAACGGUUUAGGUGCUCGGUACGUGAUGGACGACGCGAAUGUACCCUCCUUGCUAUCUCUUCCGUAUCUCGGAUUCUUGCAAAAAGAUGAUCCGAUGUACGUAGCUACUCGGCAGCUUCUGCUUUCAUCGAAGAAUCCAUACUAUGCUGCGGGGAGGACGUUUAAUGGCAUUGGCGGACCACAUGUUGAUGCGUGGCACCCAUGGCCAAUGUCCCAGAUAUCUGCAAUAUUUGGUACGGAUAAUGAUGAGGAAAUACUUGAAUCCUUAUACGUAAUCGCUAAUAACACGAAUGGACUUGGUUUGAUCCAUGAAUCCCAGUCAAUAUACAACUCUUCAGACUAUACGCGACCUUGGUUCGCAUGGGCAAACAGCUACUUCGCAGAGAUGCUCUUGGAUCUGGCGGAUCGAAAGCCUGGCUUGAUUUUCUCCAAGGAUGUAAGUUACAAGCCAGGCCAAUGAAUUCCACCACCUAGGAACAACAUGCUUAUAUCAAUAAUUCAUGAAAUUUUGAUCCUUAUGUAGCUGUUGAACGUGCAAAAUACUUGUCUUUGUACUGGCUGUGUCAAAUGUAAAUCAAACCACAAAAUGCC